GUAACCGGAUUUUCUUUUUUUUUCCUUCAUCCUUCUCGCCGAAACAAUUAGAGACACAGAGAGAUUCUGCAAUGGCAACUCUAACGAGAAUUUGCAAGACAGGUCGAUCAUGGCGAACUAUCAACUCCAUCAGAACCCGAAUUCGUUCUCCACCUCUUGCAAAUCGAGGCGUAUGCUACGGGAAUUACGAAAGUUUAGCGUGUAUCAGUGCCAUGGCAUCAGAGAAAACGAGAACUGAAUCAGUAUCAGAAUUUCCGGAGUUUUUUUCAAUGUUGCCUGUUUUCCUUGCUGGUGGGUUUGGCAUGGGAAUGCUAAAUAUAUCUCAUGCUGAUGCAAAUGAGGCAGAUGUUCAAGCUCCGUCAGCAGAAUCUCCUUCUACAGAAACUCCUCCAUCCGACUUUGAAAAUCUCGAGAAAAUCGUUAGGCAGGAACGACUUCGUUUAGAGGACUUGCUCAAAAGUAAAGGAAUGCUCCGCGGUUCUUAUCCUCCAUUCAGUGUUGCUGUUAAGGGUCAGAAGGUCACGGUCAAGUUUCAAAUUCCUCCUACAUGUGAAGCAUCACAUCUCAUUGUGGACAUAGUGUCACAUCUCGGAUUGACAGCUGAAAAGCAUGGCGCUGGCUCAGAUAUGGUAUUGCGUGCUUGGGACAGUCCAGCUGCUUGGCAGAUGACACUCAACAGCCCAAGAAAGAAGGAAGUUCAAACGGAUAAAGAGCUUUUGGGAUACAAAGAUGACAAUGAGGGAGAUUUGUGCGUCUUUAUAUUUCAGUCACUCAUCAGCUCUGUAAAUGCAGAAAUUGAGUUCAUAAAGAAGGGAAGUUUUAACACGGAGGAGCUUGAUGCUUUGGUGUCUGCAUUGAAAUUAGCUGGUUCAAGGGUAAAAGCCUCAGAAAGAAAACCAAGGGGAUAUCCAGACAGCCGCGGCAACAGAAUAGAUUCAGCUGCUGAAAAAUCAGUUGCUGCUUUGGAGGCCAUGGGUGUUAGAGUUUUUGGUCUUAAAGAAUCUCCUGCAAUCUCUUCAACUGGUGACAUAGCAUGGGAGAAUAUUGCGGGAUAUGAACAGCAGAAACGUGAAAUUGAGGAUACAAUAUUAUUGGUCCUGCAUAGUCCUGAAGUAUAUGAUGACAUUGCUCGUGGCACCAGGUGUAAGUUUGAGUCUAAUAGACCUCGAGCAGUGCUUUUUGAAGGGCCACCAGGAACAGGGAAGACAUCUUGUGCUCGAGUAAUUGCUAAUCAAGCUGGUGUCCCCUUGUUAUAUGUGCCACUUGAAGUUGUGAUGUCAAAGUACUACGGGGAAAGUGAACGAUUAUUGGGGUCAGUGUUCUCACUUGCAAACGAGCUUUCUGACGGGGCAAUCAUUUUUCUAGAUGAGGUGGAUUCUUUUGCUAUUGCUCGUGAUGAUGGAAUGCAUGAAGCCACACGUAGGAUUUUGUCAGUGUUGUUACGACAGAUUGAUGGAUUCGAGCAGGAGAAAAGAGUGGUGGUGAUUGCUGCAACCAAUAGAAAGGAGGACCUUGAUCCUGCUCUUAUCAGUCGGUUUGACUCAAUAAUUACGUUUGACCUUCCCGAUCAAGGGACCCGUGAGGAAAUAAGCGCCCAAUAUGCGAGGCACUUGAAAAAACCUGAAUUGAUUGAAUUCGCUGCAGCGACUGAAGGGAUGUCUGGAAGGGAUAUUCGGGAUGUUUGUCAACAAGCAGAGCGACACUGGGCAUCAAAGAUUAUUCGAGGUAAAGCAUCUAGUACUGCAGAACAAGGGAAUGUUAAUCUUCCCCCACUUCAUGAGUACCUAGAUAGUGCUUUGACUCGCCGGAAGGCUCUACUUAGCAUUUCUGAGAAGAGAAGACAGAAAAGUGAAGUUCCUACAAAUUCUUUUAGAAAGAGUCCAAUGGACUUCCUAUAAUUUUAGACAUAAAAAGGCAGCUGGUUGAGGUUCAAGACUCUGACUGACAUUGAUGGCUAUGGAUUAGUAAAAGGAUUCCAACAUAGCAGAUUGGGAUUUUUGUGAAAGGUUUUCCUUUUAUACUCUUGCUUGUAAUUGUCCACAGCUCUUGUACAUGAAGACCGAGCUAGAAAUCGCCGAAAUACUUAUUUUAUUCCUAGCUCAUCUUCUGUAAAUGUACUCAGUGCUUGAUGAAUGUGUAAGUCUGACGACUCUACAACAUGCUAUACCACACGUCUUCUAUUCCU